UUGACAACUGUCACGUCAUGUUUACAUAAAUAUUUAUUUUUUUAUUAGUGAUAAUCACGUUCCGCAUAUCAAGCCAGCGGAAACCUUCAAAUUCAAAAAUGCAACCACCGAACCGACGAAAUUUCAACCCCUUUCCGAGGCCAUGGAUGAAGGACACAGGAGCAGCGGCCGCCAGCGGAGGCAAAGGCUUAAAAGGCGUCGUUGCCGGGGGUCUAACCGGAGGAAUAGAAGUCUGCAUCACCUACCCAACUGAAUACGUUAAAACUCAGUUGCAACUCGACGAGAAAGGGGAUCGAAAGCAAUACGACGGCAUAAUCGACUGUGUGAAAAAAACCGUCAAGAAACACGGAUUCUUCGGCCUUUAUCGCGGCCUCAGCGUCCUUAUUUACGGUUCGGUUCCGAAGGCCGCUGUUCGAUUUGGCACUUUCGAAAAUCUGAAGAAAUUAGCCGUCGAUGAGAGAGGCAAUUUAGGGCCGUAUCAGCGAUUUUUCUGUGGUUUAGGCGCGGGUGUGAACGAGGCGAUUUUCGCGGUGACGCCUAUGGAAACGAUCAAAGUGAAAUUCAUUAACGACAGACGAAGUCCUAAUCCACGUUUUAAGGGCUUCAUUCAUGGCGUAGGGCUUAUUAUCAAAGAGCAGGGCAUCGGGGGUGUCUACAAAGGGGUCGUGCCUACGAUAAUAAAACAGGGCUCAAAUCAAGCCAUACGUUUCUUCGUCAUGGAAACUUUUAAAGACUGGUAUCGUGGUGGAGAUCCUAACGCAAAUGUUCCUAAACCUGUAGUUGGAGUCUUUGGAGCCAUAGCAGGAGCUGCAUCGGUGUUCGGAAAUACGCCAAUCGAUGUGGUUAAGACGCGCUUGCAAGGGUUAGAAGCGCAUUUGUACAAAGGAACGCUGGAUUGUAUCGUGAAAGUUUGGAAGAAUGAGGGACCUGCUGCGUUUUAUAAAGGGACGGUGCCAAGAUUGGGACGGGUCUGUAUGGAUGUAGCGAUCACUUUUAUGAUUUAUGAUUCGAUCAUGGAUCUUUUUAAUAUGCUGUGGCGUUGAUUUCCAAUGGGAUAUUUUGGAAGAAUUUUCUGACAGCGAAUUUCACUAGUUGUCGGUAAAUUAUGAAUCUACUGAUUUGUAUAUUCCCAGUCGUG